CUGAACCAUAGAGAGGAAGCCGGCUGGCUGCCGUUGCGGCCAAGAGAUCAACCGGGCCUGUCUGGCUCCCGGGAGGACUCGACUCACUGGUGCGAACUCUCUGACGGAUGACUCCAGGGUUCUCCCGACCGCGUGAGUCCCGGGCUGGGGUCGCUGCAGUUUUUAUUGAGAUCUUCAAUAAAAUCGAGGAGGGUCAAAUGAAAGAGAUCAAAAACUUCUUUUAAAAGUCUUUGGAAACAUCUCUAAAUGUUUGUAGUGGUCUAUAAGCAGCUAAAGACAAAUCGACCCCUGUGGGCAUAAUGGAAUAAUUGAGGCAGGUUUCUGUGUGUCAUCAGAUUUUAUCCAGAAGUUGAAGCGCCUCCCUUUGAAUUUGAGGACUGUAUGCAUUUAGUACGAAGAUGACCUUUCAAUUUAAUUUCAAUGUAGAAGACCGAGUAGAAAAUGAAUUAACACCGCCUGGAGAUGGAGCUUUGACUCUGGAUCCCUCAAAAGUGUCAGCCUCAGAAAGUCAAAAAGGAAAAGAGAAGGAGAGGAGAUGUUCUCCAAAACAAUCUGACCUGCUUAAGGAACACUUGUGGGAGCGCAGGUCAGUGAGAAAUGUAGCUCCCUCUGGAGACCCUGACAGCUUACUUGGUGCAGCCAAUAGUUUUAGGGCCCUGGAGCCACAUGAAAAGCAGCCCUGCCUGGGAGUUGCCAAAGAGCAUACUAUGCCUAAGGAUUUAAAGAAAGUGUUAGAAAAUAAAGUCAUAGAAAUGUUACCAGGUCUUCAGCGUGUUAACCUAUCCGUAGUGAAAACCAUCUGGUCGAAAGAAAACUUCCCUGGAGAAAACAUAAUUUCCAAAAGCUUGUCUUCCCACUCUGAUCUGAUUUCAGGUGUUUAUGAAGGAGGCUUAAAAAUCUGGGAAUGUACCUUUGACCUUCUGGCUUACUUCACAAAGGCCAAAGUUAAAUUUACUGGGAAAAAAGUGUUGGAUCUUGGCUGUGGAUCAGGGUUACUGGGUAUAACUGCAUUCAGGGAAGGGGCCAAAGAAAUUCAUUUUCAAGAUUAUAACAGUUUGGUGAUUGACAAAGUGACUUUACCUAAUGUAGUGGCUAACUCCACCUUGGAAGACGAGGAAAAUGAUGUAAAUGAACCAGAUGUGAAAACCUGGAGGAAGUCAGAAGUAGCACAAGAACUAUGUAAAUGUCGUUUCUUCUCCGGAGAGUGGUCUGAGUUUUGUAAGCUUAUAUUAAGCAGUGAAAAACUCUUUGUAAAAUAUGAUCUCAUUCUAACCUCAGAAACCAUUUAUAAUCCAGAAUAUUAUACUGCUUUACACCAAACAUUCCUUCAAUUGUUGAGUAAAGAUGGACGGGUGCUUUUGGCCAGCAAAGCGCAUUAUUUUGGUGUUGGUGGAGGUCUUCAUCUUUUUCAGAAGUUUGUAGAAGAAAAGGAUGUAUUUGAGACUAGAAUACUGGAAAUAAUUGAUGAAGGACUAAAGAGGUUCCUAAUUGAAAUGACUUUUAAGUGCCCUAGUUAAUAUUCACUGAAUGUCCUACAUGAAAUAAACAGAAU